AUGAUCAAGCCUUAUCAGAAAUUUUUGAAAGAUGCCAUUUUGGAGAGAACCAAGGAAGUGCAAGGCAUGGUGGUAUUGUCUCAAGAGUGUAGUGCUAUAAUUCAAAGCAAGACAGUAACAAAGAAGCUUGGUGAUCCUGGAAGCUUCACUCUCCCUGUUCCUAGGACCUUAGCAUUCAAGAAGAGUUUGUGUGAUUUGGGAGCAAGUGUAAGCAUAAUGCCUUUGACUGUGGCAAGGCGUUUGGGUUUUGAGAAAUACAAGGAGUGUCAUUUCUCUCUGAUCCUUGCUGAUAGAUCAGUUAAGCUUCCAGUAGGUAUGCUUGAAGAUAUGCCACUCAAGGUGGGAAGUGUGAUAGUUCCAACUGACUUUGUGGUAGUAGAGAUGGAUGAAGAACCCAAAGAUCCUCUGAUUUUGGGAAGACCUUUCCUUGCCACUGCUGGAGCUAUAAUUGAUGUGAGAAGAGGCAAGAUUGAGCUGAAUUUGGGUAAAGACUGCAAGAUGGUGUUCAAUGUAAAAGAUGUUAUGAAGCAACCAACUAUAAAUGGUGAGUCAUUUUACAUUGAAACACUUGAGCAGCUAGCCGAAGACUACUUGGAGGAAUUGGGAGUUGAGGAUAAGCUGCAGCUGGCUUUGACUAAGGAUAAUGAGGAGUUUGGAUGUCUACAAGCAGAGAGUAUGGGUUAUGCUUGGCUUAUGGACUCACACAGAGCAGCAAAAGAGGGACAGGCUUUGAGGAGUUGGUCAGUCAGAAACGAAGAGCAUCCGGGAUGGAAAACAGGCUCCCAAGUCGAUCUCAAACCACUCCCAAAGGGGCUCAGGUAUGCGUUCUUAGGCUCUAACUCCACAUACCCUGUCAUUGUCAAUGAUGCAUUAGACCCCCAUGAGCUUGAAACCCUCCUUGUGAGCUGCGAAAGUACAGGAGAGCUCUUGGAUACUCGCUGGACGAUAUCAAGGGUCUCUCCCCUACUCUAUGCACUCACAGGAUCCAUCUCGAAAAUGAAUCAAAGGGAUCUAUUGACAUCAGCACUUCGCGGUUGGAGCAGUGCUGGUCAGAAGGUGGAUAAGAAGAUGAACGUCAUCUACUAUGCAAGUAGAACGCUAGAUGAUGCUCAAACCCGUUAUGCGACGACCGAGAAAGAAUUACUAGCCGUAGUGUUUGCUUUUGACAAGUUCAGGAGCUACAUUGUGGGAUCAAAGGCUGAUAGAUGGGUUCUCUUGCUUCAAGAGUUCGAUAUCGAGAUCGUCGACAAGAAAGGCACCGAGAAUAGCGUGGCCGAUCAUCUAUCAAGAUUGAGGAUUGAGGGAGAUGUUCCCAUCGAUGACUCUUUGCCAGAGGAGCAACUCAUGGCUGCCAAGAUCGUGGAUAGAGGCUAUUUGACCAAGUGCCGGCUGGAAGAAGGAAUAGCAAGAGGAGAAGAGGUUCCAUGGUACGCAGACUUUGUGAACUACUUGGUGUGCAGGAAGUUCCAAGUGGAUGGAGUGGUUAUCAGAGAAAGAAGUUCUUCAAAGAUGUGGUUCACUACUACUGGGAUGAACCUAUUUGUUCAGAAAAGGGAAUGA